GAGGAAGCAGCUGUAUUGAUUUCGAUCUCGCCUUGCUGUCCAAUCAUGAACACGGAAGUGGGAAGCAAUUGGUUCCCAUCUCGUCUUGCUGUCCACUCGAUGCAAUCAUGAAGUCUUUGCUGUCUAAGAUGAAAAGCGGGUUCUAAAGAGUUUUAGUUGAUCCGUGAUCAAGGAUGGAACAUCAACGUGACAGAGCCUCUAGCUCCAUUAAUUGUCCACCUUUGUUUGAUGGAGAAGAUUACUCACAAUGGAAGAUUAUGAUGAGGGCGUUUCUCUACUCUCAAGAUGAAAAUAUGUGGAAUAUAGUGGAAAUUGGUUGGGAACAUCCAACCAAGGCAGAAGACUCCAAGAAAGAAGCAGAUGUGAGUUCUACAAGAAUUCCUAAGCCUAGAAAGGAAUGGACUGAGGAGGAGGUUCGUGACAGAAAUUGUGAUUUCAAGGCACGAAAUUCAUUAUUCACAGCUCUAUCCAAGAAUGAGAGAAUGAGAAUUAGCCACUGUGACACUGCCAAACAAGCAUGGGAUCUUCUCCAAGUCACCUAUGAAGGAAAUAAAAAAGUUAGAGGGCAGAAACUUCAACGGCUAGUCUUGGAAUUUGAGAAUAUGUCAAUGGCUGAAGAUGAAUCAAUUGACGACUUUCAUGCUCGGCUUCUCAAUGUAACUAGUCAAUGUCGGAGCUUGGAUGAUCCAGUUGAGGAGCACCGAAUUGUCAAGAAGUUUCUUAGAUCUCUUCCUCCAAAAUUCCAGGCCAAACAAAUUGCUAUUGAGGAGGCUCAGGAUCUAGAUAUCUACUCUCUUGAUGAACUGGUGGGAAAUCUCAAAACUUUUGAGAUGAGACUCAAACCGAAUAAAAAGGAUGAGCUACUUAAAGUCAAGGAAAGUUUCAACAAAUUCUCUAUAGGGUCAGAAAAGGUUUCUAAGAUGAUGGGAAUUGGCAAAGCUCAUGGUAAUAAAGAAGGAUUAGGUUAUAAUGGUGAGUCCUGCAAACCCUUGGUGUUUGUAAAAAGUGUGGGAGGUGAAAAUUUCUCAAGUCAGGCACAAAGCACUAGUGACAACAAGUCUGCCACCAAAUUGACUGUAAGACCAGAACCUCAUGAAGCCAUUCAAUCACAUCAGAAAGGUUUUUCGGUAAGUUCUGACAUGCACACCUCUGUGCGUCAGCCCAGGUAUACUCAUAACUCAAAAUUUUUUGUUCCUACUUGUCAUUAUUGUGGAAAAUUAGGACACAUACGUCCUAGGUGCAAUAUGCUUCGUAGUGUUACUCAAAAUCAGAGGAAAACGAUGGGUAUUAACUCACAUGCCUCAUUGCAAGCUGAGUUGAAAGAAGGUCUGAAUCUAAUCGCCAGGAUUGCAAAGCUGGCUUCAAUCCCCGUGGAUCUGGAAACAAAGACAAAAUCAACUUGGGUCAAGAAAGGACCCAAAUGCUUCUCAGCUAAGAUUGAUAAUUGUGACAUACCUUCUGAAUACAUUGAUGCCACGUGUUUGCUUUCCUCUUGCAGCUCUAGAAAUGAAUUUGAAUAUGUGGAAGCUACUUGUCUCGUGGCCUUGACUGCACUCGCUGAUAAGAAAGGUGAUGUCUGGUAUGUUGAUAGUGGGUGCUCAAGACAUAUGACCGGUGAAAAGAGUUGGUUUGUGUCUUUUUCAAGCGAAUUCACAACCGGAUCAGUCACGUUUGGAGAUGGGAAAAAGGCCAAGGUAAUGGGUAAGGGAACGGUAAAUACACCAGGUAUUCCUAAUCUCCAAAAUGUCUUGUUUGUUGAAGGGCUUCAUGCAAAUCUCAUAAGUGUUAGUCAAUUAACCGAUGAUUAUGAGGAUGUAAAUUUUAAUAAAACAAGAUGUAUUGUAACUGAUAACAAUGGCAAAAAUAUUAUGGGUGGUUUGCGUUCAAAAGAUAAUUGUUAUCAUGUACGUGCUAAUAAAUCUGUUGAAGUGCAGACAUGUUUGAAAGCCAAGACAUCGGAUGAUGUUCUUGAACUUUGGCAUAGGCGUCUGGGGCAUGUAAACUUUCAAGACUUGCUGAAACUCUCACACAAGGAAAGUGUAAGAGGUAUGCCUUUUCUGAGUGGUAAGCCAGACAAGAUGUGUGAUGGUUGCAAGGUAGGUAAGCAAACUCGUGCCUCACAUGGAGCAAUUAAUUCAUCCACUACAACUCAUCCAUUGGAACUUAUGCAUAUGGACCUUGUUGGACCUUCACAAACCGAAAGCAUGGGUGGUAAGAAAUACAUUUUGGUUGUAGUUGAUGAUUUAUCACGUUUUACUUGGGUGAAUUUCCUUAGAGAGAAGAGUGAUACUUUUGAAAGCUUUAAGGGAUUGUGUAAAAGAAUAACAAAUGAAAAACAUUCCUCAAACUUAUGCAUUGUUAGAGUUAGGACUGAUAAUGGAACUGAAUUUAAGAAUGCUUUGUUUGCUAAUUUUUUUCUUGAGUAUGGAAUUUCACAUGAGUUUUCAGCUCCAAUUACCCCACAACAGAAUGGUGUAGUUGAGAGAAAGAACAGGGUAUUGCUAGACAUGGGAAGAGUGAUGCUACACUCAGCUGGACUUACUCCAAACCUUUGGGCCGAAGCGAUUAGCACUGCUUGCUAUACUGCAAACCGUGCAUUCUUGAGACCAGGUACUAACAAAACUCCAUAUGAGCUAUGGAAAGGUAAGAAACCCAAUGUAAGUCAUCUUCGUGUUUUUGGAUCUCCUUGCUAUAUUUAUAGAGAUAGAGAAUAUCUUGGUAAAUUUGAUGCUAGGAGCGAUAAAGGCAUAUUUCUUGGUUAUUCUUUGGAUAGUAGAGCUUACAGGGUGUACAACAAGCGAACCAUGUCUGUAAUGGAAUCCUAUAAUGUAUCUAUUGAUGAUUGUGCUGUGAGUAAUGUUCAGGUUAAUCCAGAUGAGGAUCAACCCUCAGGAAGCCGAGUAAAUGUGGGACUGAAUGAAGAAACGGAUGAUUCCUCAAAUGAUCCUAUUUUUGAUCAUCCACCAGUUCUAAGAACGGGCUUCAAGCAAGUUCAAAAAGAUCAUUCUACUCAGGACGUCAUUGGGAACGUACAUGAAGGGAUUCAAACCCGCAGACAAGUUGCAACCAAGGUUAGUACUGAUUCUGCUCUUGCAUGCUUCUUGACUGAAAAUGAAGUGAACAUUAACAUAAUUUCUCAUUGUGGUUUUGUGUCACUUAUUGAACCAAAGAAUGUUAAGGAGGCCUUGAAUGAUGAUGAAUGGAUAAAUGCCAUGCAUGAUGAAUUGAAUCAAUUUGCUAGGAAUGAUGUGUGGUAUCUUGUGCCUAGGCUCAGUGAAUUCAAUGUAAUAGGUACAAAAUGGAUUUUUCGGAAUAAGAGUGAUGAGCAUGGUAAUGUUACUAGGAACAAAGCUAGACUUGUUGCCCAAGGAUAUAAACAAGUUGAAGGACUUGAUUUUGAUGAAACUUUUGCUCCUGUUGCUAGACUUGAAUCUGUUAGACUUCUUCUUGCAAUUGCUUGUCAUCUUCACUUUACAUUAUAUCAAAUGGAUGUUAAAAGUGCCUUUCUAAAUGGUGUGUUACAAGAAGAAGUAUAUGUUGAACAGCCUCAAGGAUUCAAAGAUCCUAGCAAUCCUGAUCAUGUGUACAAACUCAAAAGGGCCCUGUAUGGAUUGAAACAGGCUCCAAGAGCCUGGUAUGAGCGUUUGUCUACUCAUCUAGUAAGCAAAGGAUAUAUUCAAGGUUCAAUUGAUAAAACUUUGUUUAUUAAAAGAGACAACAAACAUGUCAUGAUUGCACAAGUUUAUGUUGAUGAUAUCAUAUUUGGCUCCACUUCUGAUUCUUAUGUUAAAGAAUUCACUAACAUCAUGGAAAGUGAAUUUGAGAUGAGCAUGUGUGGAGAGCUAAAUUACUUUCUUGGACUUCAAGUUCGUCAACUGAAGACAGGUAUGUUCCUAUGUCAAACUAAAUAUGCUGAGAAUCUUGUUAAGAAAUUUGGACUUGAAUAUGCCAAAGCUGUGACAAAUCCUAUGAGUACAAGUGUCAAACUUACUGAGGAUCUAACAGGUAAGUCUGUUGAUCAAACUCUUUACAGAAGUAUGAUUGGUAGCCUACUGUAUCUCACUGCUAGUAGACCUGACAUAUCUUAUAGUGUAGGAGUUUGUGCUCGUUUUCAGGCAAAUCCUAAAGAAUCUCAUUUGGAAGCUGUUAAGCGUAUCAUAAGAUAUGUCUCAGGCACUGCCACUUGUGGUGUCUAUUUUACAUUUGAUUCUAAUAUUGAGAUUGCUGGGUAUUCUGAUGCAGAUUGGGGAGGAAAUUUGAAGGAUCGAAAAAGCACUUCUGGAGGUUGCUUUUUCAUUGGAAACAACAUGGUAGCCUGGCAUAGCAAAAAGCAAAACUGUAUAUCUCUCUCCACAGCUGAAGCCGAAUAUGUAGCUGCAGGAAGCUGUUGUACUCAAAUGCUUUGGAUGAAGCAAAUGCUUCGAGAUUAUGGGUUUUCUCAAGGUAAGUUGACUAUCUUAUGUGAUAACUCAAGUGCUAUAAAUAUUUCCAAGAAUCCAGUGCAACACUCACGCACUAAGCACAUUGACAUGAGAUAUCAUUUUAUUCGAGAUUUGGUUGAAAGGAAUUUACUUGAAUUAGCAUUUGUUCCAACUGAGCAUCAAUUAGCUGAUUUAUUCACCAAACCCUUGGAUACUGCUCGUUUUGAAUCACUUAGAAGCGCAAUUGGUGUUCUAAGUUCUGCAACUCUCCCCUGAUUUAACUAUAUCUUGGCAUGCAUUCACAUUGUUUGACAUAUUUGUAUAGGUGCAUUGAUUGCAUGUGUGGUUUGUAUCCCGUAGUGUCUAUCAGUUUCAUUUGAACUUAGAUUGAUAAGGUUUCUACUCCCUUCCUUAAAUAUGAGUGUGAUGAGAUGAUUAGCAUGUUUUGAACUUAUUCUUACAUCACUCUGUAAUCUUGAGCAUGAUCAAAAUAUUCUCUAUCACUUUGUAUGAUCACAUGCACACAUACUCCUUGUGGUGGUAAGUAACAUUUUUGGUUGACUUGUUCUUAGUUCACACAUACGAAGUUGUUAAAAUGUUAUUAUUGCUCCUCGCUAAAAAGGUAUAAUAUUUUUGGAGCAUGGCCAGGCUAUUCCCAAAGUAAACAGGUCUUGGUCGUGACGAACGAUAUGAGGUUUUGGGAAGAAAAGGGAAUGGUUUGGCCACCCCGGUGGAAUGUAAAAUUAUUGACUCGAGUUGAUAUGUCCUUUGGGAUGUCCUUGUUACAUCUAGUACCCUAAAGUCAUCUGACUUGGGAGCUGCUGGCAUAAAACUCGUUACAUGAGUCUUAGUUUACUUGUGCAAAACUUGAUGUUGUGUGAAAAGGCAAAAGAAAAAUUAAAAAAAAAAAUUGUGCCCACACGGAGAUAUAAGGGGGAAUAUCUAUGUGGUUCAUUUAUUCUCGUCGUGUGUGUGUUCUGAUUUCAAGGAUUCUAAUGAUGCUACACACUCCACUUUGAGUUAUGUUCACUCACACUACAAAGGUAUAGAAUACUCGAUCAUCUUCCAGUUUACCUUGUGGUUGUCAAAAAUGGUUUACUCAUGUGACCUUAUCUUGUUGCUUUCAUGAUUAAGGAUUUGUGGUCGUACUCUUGUCUGAAAAGCUAUGCAAAUUGAAUCUGUUCUUAACUCUUGGAUAUGAACCCACUCAUUGUGUGUUUGCAUUUCAUUAUUGAAUUCUUCAUAACAUGAUAAAUUGAGGGGGAGUUCCGGUACUUAAGACAUUUUGAUGUGCUCUAUCUGAUUCGGAAUAUAGUAAUCUUUCUUCUACAUAGCUUCCGCUGCGCACUCGACCUUUGGCAUCCCUAUCCCAAAAAGGGGGAGAAAGUUGUUUGGGAUCAUGAUCUUUGUUAAGGACAAUAUUGCUAGACAUGUUAAUGGGUUGAACUAAUGUUUGCACUUCUUGUUGAGUGAAAAAAAAAAUGUUUCAGGAACUAAGGAUUCUCCAAGUACUUCUUGAGGGGGAGCUUGUCAGCGAUGUAGAGUUUUGGUUAGGAAUGCCAAAGGGGGAGAUUGUUAGUAUUAAAGUAUUGGCAUUCCACCGGCCACAAAACUCUACCACAUUAACCAUGUGUGAAGUUCAAAAGUACUUUAUUUAAUUCCUUGAGAAAAGUUGUUGAAAGCAUGUGUGUUGCUUUGCUUUUUCAUCAUGCACUCGGAGACCAAACAUGCAUAAAUUGUUUUAAUUACUUUAUGAAGAUAAUGCGGUCAAAGAGCCUCAACAGCAUGGAGGAUUAAUUAAACAUCAUAUAGUGGUCUUGCUGUCAAGGCGUGAACCAAGAGAAAGCUUGCUAUCUUUGGUUUCUGUUGCUCUAAGCAAAGACUCGAAAAGAGGAGAGGUGGGAGACAUGCUUUUUAAGCAUGAACAUCAAAAUCAGAUCGGUUCUUCAAAAUACCAAAAGCUGAAGAAAAUUGCAGGUUCUCUUUUAGUCUUCUUCCUUUCAGUCAUGUGCUCUCUUUCAUUUUACACAUCCUCACGGUCGAAAAAGAAUAAGAAGAAAAUAGCAGCUACGUUUUCCAUCUUCACAACCUUGUUGUCAAAGAAUAAGAAAAGGAGGAAGCAGCUGUAUUGAUUUCGAUCUCGCCUUGCUGUCCAAUCAUGAACACGGAAGUGGGAAGCAAUUGGUUCCCAUCUCGUCUUGCUGUCCACUCGAUGCAAUCAUGAAGUCUUUGCUGUCUAAGAUGAAAGUAAGUGCAUCUACAUCUGGUGAUCUUACUUGAACCAAGCUGAAGCAUUCUUGCUGAUUUCUUUCUUGUAUAAAUAUACAAGUUCUGUGGUUCUUCUGAUUAUUGAAACAGCUUUGAGUUUCAAUCAUUUGGUUGUAAAAGAGUCGUCUCUUUGUUGCUCUGUUUUGUUCCAUGUUGAAAACAGUUUGUAAAACAACUGGUGUGUCUGUCCAGUAAGGAUUGCAGCAGUCAUUGCAAUCCCAGAGUUAAUGUGUAAUCUGUUUUGAUUAGUGAAUCAUUGGGUUCUCAAGAGUUAGAGCCCCGCAGUGUUUUUGAUCUCAAUUGAGGUUUUCACUGCGUGACCAA